CGCCCGCGGCCUCCUGGGUGCCGGCUGGACUCGCGGAGGUCACAGUCCAUGGGGAUGCCUGGAGGAGGGACAGUGUCAGAGCCGCAGGCUGCUCCCAGCCCCCCGGAAAAGCCGCCCAGCACGGCGAUCCUGUGUAACACCUGCGGGAAUGUGUGCAGGGGCGAGGUGCUGCGGGUGCAGAACAAGUACUUCCACCUCCAGUGCUUCAUCUGCAAAGCAUGCGGCUGUGACCUGGCCGAGGGCGGCUUCUUCGUGCGGCAGGGCGAGUACAUCUGCACGCAGGACUACCAGAGGCUGUACGGGACCCGCUGCUUCAGCUGCGACCGCUUCAUCGAGGGCGAGGUGGUGUCGGCUCUGGGCAAGACCUACCACCCGGACUGCUUCGUGUGCGCUGUCUGCCGGUCGCCCUUCCCGCCGGGGGACCGAGUGACCUUCAACGGCAAGGAAUGCAUGUGCCAGAAGUGCUCCCUGCCCAAGUCAGCGGGCAGCAGCGUGCCCCUGUGCCAGGGCCUCUGGAGCUGCGGGGGCUGCGGAGCCGAGAUCAAGAACGGCCAGUCCCUGGUGGCCUUGGACAAACACUGGCACCUGGGCUGUUUCAAGUGCAAGACCUGUGGCAAACAGCUGAAUGCGGAGUACAUCAGCAAGGAUGGGCUGCCCUACUGCGAGGCCGACUAUCACACCAAGUUCGGGAUCCGCUGCGACGGCUGUGAGAAGUACAUCACGGGACACGUGCUGGAGGCCGGGGAGAAGCACUACCACCCUCUGUGCGCGCUAUGUGUCCGGUGCGGCCGGAUGUUCGCAGAAGGCGAGGAGAUGUACCUGCAAGGCUCCUCCAUUUGGCACCCAGCCUGUCGACAAGCAGCCAGAACUGAAGACAAAAACAAGAUGCAGAACCAGGUUUCCCAUCAGGUUUACCCAGGCGCCACCCCCUAUGCCUUUCAGGAAACCAGGACGUCCUCAGAGAGCAUCAUUUCGGUACCUGCUUCCAGCACCUCAGGGUCUCCGAGUCGCGUGAUUUAUGCCAAGCUGGGCGAUGAGAUCCUGGACUACAGAGACCUGGCCGCUCUCCCUAAGAGCAAGGCCAUCUACAACAUCGACCGCCCCGACAUGAUCUCCUACUCGCCCUACAUCAGCCACUCGGUGGGGGACCGGCAGAGCUACAGCGAGUCCCCCCAGCUGCUCUCGCCAACGCCGCCCGAGGGGGAGCAGGACGACCGCUCCUACAAGCAAUGCCGGACCUCCAGCCCCAGCUCCACCGGGUCGGUCAGCCUCGGCCGAUACACCCCGACCUCGCGGUCACCCCAGCACUAUAGCCGUCCAGCUGGUACUGCGAGCGUCGGUACCAGUAGCUGCCUGUCCCUGUCCCAACACCCAAGCCCUUCUUCCGUGUUCAGACAUCAUUACAUCCCGUACUUCCGAGGCAGUGAAAGUGGCCGGAGCACUCCCAGCCUCUCUGUGCUCUCAGACAGCAAGCCUCCCCCCUCCACCUACCAGCAGGCUCCUCGCCAUUUCCACGUCCCAGACACUGGCGUCAAAGAUAACAUCUAUAGGAAACCCCCCAUCUACAAGCAGCAUGGUCCUGUAGCCCAGUCCCCCGUUUCCAAGCUCUCGGGUCUGAUGUCAGUCUUGUCGUUGGUGGUACACAAGGCAGGGUGCUCCCAAAGGCUAGAAGGUCUGAGCCCUCCGCAGGCUGCAGCCGCGAGGCGAUCCGAUGGGGAGGAUGGAGGUUUCGACCCAGAUAACAGGAAGCAGAAGACCAGCUGGCUGAUUCUCAAGGGGGAGGCAGACACGAGGACCAACUCUCCAGACCUAGACAGCCAGUCUUUGUCCCUCAGUAGCGGGACCGACAGAGGCCCUCCCCGGACGGUGCCAGGGGAUAACUUCUACUCACGGCUUCCCUAUUCCAAGUCUGACCCUGUCUCAGGACAUGGCAAGAAUGGCUUGGACCACCGGAAUGCCAAUGUGGGCCCUGGUGGAGCAGACCCGGAUGCCGGCUGGGGCACGCGAGAAUACAAGAUCUAUCCGUAUGACGCCCUUAUUGUCACAAACCGGAUCCGAGUGAAGCUGCCCAAGGAUGUGGAUCGGACGCGACUGGAGAGACACCUGUCGCCCGAGGAGUUCCGAGAAGUGUUUGGGAUGAGCAUGGAAGAGUUCGACCGCCUGGCCCUCUGGAAGAGGAACGACCUCAAGAAGAAAGCCCUGCUGUUCUGACGCUGCUGGGGGGUGGGGGGCCCUGCCCACAGGCGUGCCUGCGGGAACCACCAGACCCCCCUCCUCUUGCCCUCGGCUCUGGCUUCUCUGUGUCCACCGUGGGCGGGCGGGCGGUGGGCGCCUGGGGAGGGCCGGUUGGGGGGGACUGGGAGCGGGAGGAGGUCCCACAGCAGGUAGAGCCCCCGUUUCUGGUUUCUGCCAGCACCGCCCCCACGCCUAGUCUGCCGCCCGGACCCCUGGCUUUGCACUGUCCUGCCCCGCUGCCGCUUGCCAUCAGGAAGGAGGAUGCGGCGAGGUCGCUGCCCGCAGACGCAGGACCACUUAGACUCACGCAGCCCACCCUCCCGCCUCCCUGCAGUGCCCUCCCCGCACUGGACCCCCGGGUACACAGGAAGGGAGUGGACGCCUGAGGGGCUUCAUCAGUGACGGGCGCUGACGGGUCAUGGUGUGGGCACCCUGCUCCCGGUGUCCAUGGCCCCGCUUCCCUGCUCAGCCUGGGAGGCAUGGCCCGGCACGCAGGCCCCCGUCCCCCGCCUGGGCCUCCCCGGGGCUGUCAGAAGCAUGGGGGGCAAGUUUUGCAGCCUUCAUGAUGAAUCUGUGUUCAGGGAGGACCUUCAACCCGAAGGCGCACCUUCUGCGGGGGAUCCCAUGCGCCGCGUUCCUCUUCCAGGUCAUCCCUUAGAUGCCUAAACGAUAUCUUUAAAGUUAACACAGAAGUUUUUAUUUUGUUAAAGAGUAGAGCCUACUUAAACACAAAGACGACAUAUAUAAAGAGUUUAAUUUUAUGGUCCCGCUGAAAGGGAGCGCGCCAGCCUUAUUCUCCACCUUCGCAUCUGUGUUUCAGGUUUCGUGUGUGUUCCUAAUACACAAGACUCUUGUCUGUUU